CACCCCCCAGCCCCCCCUCCCUCUCUUUUCCCACCAUAGAGUUGGCGGAGGCUUCGGCUAGAGCGGCCACGCCGCUCCCGGAAGUGGCGCGGUUUGAGCCGGCGGGCGGCAAGAUGGCGGAGUUUGCAAAUGCCACCCAUGAAGUCAUCAAUGCCACCCUCCACACCACGCUGGCUGCUACCACCAAGCUGGUGGUACCUACACCUGCUAAACCUAUCCUUCCAGUUCAGACUGGAGUCCAAGCACAGCAAGAGGAGCAAUCUAGUGGCAUGACAAUUUUUUUUAGUCUUCUUGUAUUAGCUAUCUGCAUCAUAUUGGUGCAUUUACUGAUAAAAUACCGACUUCAUUUUUUACCAGAGAGUGUAGCUGUUGUUUCUUUAGGUAUCCUUAUGGGAGCUUUUAUAAAAAUCAUAGAGGCUCAAAAGCUGGCCAACUGGAAGGAAGAAGAAAUGUUUCGCCCAAAUAUGUUUUUUCUGCUUUUGCUUCCACCUAUUAUAUUUGAAUCUGGAUAUUCAUUGCAUAAGGGCAACUUUUUUCAGAACAUAGGCUCCAUCACACUAUUUUCUGUAUUUGGCACAGCGAUAUCAGCUUUCAUUGUAGGUGGAGGAAUUUAUUUCCUAGGCCAGGCUGAUGUAAUUUAUAAACUCAACAUGACAGACAGUUUUGCAUUCGGCUCCUUAAUAUCUGCGGUUGACCCUGUGGCUACUAUUGCCAUUUUCAAUGCCCUCAAUGUGGAUCCUGUACUUAACAUGUUGGUUUUUGGAGAAAGCAUUCUCAAUGAUGCAGUGUCUAUUGUCUUGACCAACACUGCGGAAGGUUUGACAAGAGAAAAUAUGUCAGAUGUAAGUGGAUGGCAAACCUUUCUACAGGCUCUGGGAUACUUUCUUAAGAUGUUCUUUGGCUCUGCAGCACUUGGCACGCUUACCGGCCUUAUUUCUGCAUUAGUGCUAAAGCACAUUGAUUUAAGGAAGACACCCUCUCUAGAGUUUGGGAUGAUGAUUAUCUUUGCUUACCUUCCUUAUGGACUUGCAGAAGGUAUCUCACUCUCAGGUAUCAUGGCAAUUCUCUUUUCUGGCAUCGUCAUGUCCCACUAUACGCACCAUAACCUCUCCCCCGUUACACAGAUAUUAAUGCAGCAGACACUGAGAACUGUUGCUUUCAUGUGUGAAACGUGUGUUUUUGCAUUUCUUGGCCUGUCAAUUUUUAGUUUUCCUCACAAGUUUGAAACAUCCUUUGUCAUCUGGUGCAUAGUACUUGUUCUGUUUGGUAGAGCAGUGAAUAUUUUUCCACUUUCCUACCUACUCAACUUUUUCCGUGAUCAUAAAAUCACCCCCAAAAUGAUGUUCAUCAUGUGGUUUAGUGGUCUACGUGGUGCAAUUCCCUAUGCCCUCAGCCUCCAUUUGGGCCUGGAACCAAUCGAGAAGCGACAGCUCAUUGGGACGACAACAAUCAUCAUUGUGCUGUUCACAAUUUUGCUGCUGGGAGGAGGAACGAUGCCCCUCAUCAGACUGAUUGAUAUUGAGGACUCCAAAGCACGCAAGAGGAACAAGAAGGACAUUAACCUUAGCAAGACAGAGAAGAUGGGAAAUACCAUAGAAUCCGAACAUUUAUCAGAGCUCACAGAGGAGGAAUAUGAAGCCCAGUAUAUAAAACGCCAGGACCUCAAAGGGUUUAUGUGGCUUGAUGCUAAGUAUUUGAAUCCUUUCUUCACCAGACGACUCACACAAGAAGACUUGCAUCAUGGGCGCAUACAGAUGAAAACCCUCACAAACAAGUGGUAUGAAGAAGUACGACAAGGACCCUCAGGAUCUGAAGAUGACGAGCAAGAGCUGCUAUAGCAGACCAGGGAAGGAGUGCAAUGAGUUUAUUAUUUGACCUUCAAAAAGCAUAUUUAAGUAUCAAGAGUCUGACUGCACAAAAGCUGGAAAAUUAAGAAUGAACCUUCUGAUUUGGGGCAUAUCUUGUUCGAUGCGUUUAGAUCUCUCUAGUCGGUGACUGAACCCCUUAAGCAUCAGACACUGGACUGAAUAAGGAACUUUUCACAUUCUAUAGCAUAGCAGACUCCACACAGCGUCUUAAAAAGCAGAAACAUCUGCUAUGAAAUGAUGACAUUACUGUGUCAUUAUGUUUAAUGCAAGGUCUUCUGCCUAUUAUGAAAUCUGCUGUAUGUGUGAAGUACAAAGCCACUGUAUGACUCUGCAGAAUAGGAUGAGCUGCACUUUUUUAAUAUAUAGAUAUAUAUAUACACACACAGUCAUUCACAGGGAGAGUCUUGACAGUUUAUACUGUGAAUUUGUUUCAGCACUAGUAAGGGAAGUUGGCUGGAAUAAAUCUAUAACUUAAGGGAUUUGCACAUCAUGAAACCAGAGAAGAUAAGUACCUUGACAAAAAGCAGAUGCUGCACACUUAAGGAAGUACCUCUUAAAACUGGUAUUUUUGUCAUUUUCAAAU